CGCCUUCAGUGAACCGAGGAUCGGACGGCUGGAAACCAUUUUAGGGUUUGGGGCUCCGCAGGGUUUACUCGAGGGCUGGAGUACCGAUCGCCUCUCUUUCCGAGUCCCCAACGCCAUCGCAGGGCUCCUUACUCGCGGGCUCGGACUCAUCGGCAACCAUGGGUAUCGACUUGAAGGCCGGUGGUCGCAACAAGAAAACCAAGCGUACUGCUCCCAAGAGCCAGAAUGUCUACCUUAAGCUUCUUGUGAAGCUCUACAGGUUUUUGGUGAGGAGGACAGAUGCUCCCUUCAACAGCGUCGUCUUGAAACGUCUGUUCAUGAGCAGAAUCAACAGGGCUCCUCUCUCCAUGAGCCGCCUUGUCAAGUACAUGGCUGGAAAGGACGACAAGAUUGCUGUGUUGGUAGGAACCAUCACUGACGACGUCAGGCAGUUUGAGGUUCCCGCAUUGAAGGUUUGCGCUUUGCGCUUCACCGAGACCGCUCGUGCCCGCAUCGUGAAGGCUGGAGGGGAAUGUUUGACUUUCGAUCAGCUUGCACUGCGUGCACCAACUGGUGCUAAUACUGUUCUUCUUCGGGGUCCCAAGAAUGCUCGUGAGGCAGUUAAGCACUUCGGAGCACCUGGUGUACCACAAAGUCACGCUAAACCCUACGUGCGUUCGAAGGGCCGCAAGUUUGAGAAGGCUCGUGGUCGUCGUAACAGCAGAGGUUUCAAGGUUUAGAAACUUUGUUUUUUAAAUUGAGUAAAUGAAACAUUUCAUCCAGGUGGCUGGAGAUCAAUUUCGGCUGAUUUACGGAUGCUGUGUCCCAUUACACCUUUCAGAUUUCUGUGGUGAUGUUUGAUUUGUUACUUUCCUUGAAUCUAAUAGAUAAUGAAAACGAGUUGCAAAA